AUGGUGAACGAGCUACGCGCAGAAUUCACUCGGUGGCAGCAUGAGCAUGCUUCAGGGCCUUCGGUUCACACCGCUUCAUUAUUGCGGACCCCUUUCACAGCCGAGAUUAUGGCUCAGCCGUAUCCGAUCGACCUGCGCAUUCCCGAUAAUAAGGAGUACGAUGGACGAACAGACCCGGAGGUCCACAUCAAUACCUAUUACGGGAACAUGCUAAUGAUGGGUGUGAGUGACGCUCCUUACAUGUACUUGGAGAAGGCUAAGCAGUUUGAGGGGGAUACUUUGACCGACUUUUUGGUUAAAUGGAAAGCGGCCGUAGGUGAGGUCGAGCCCAUGGAUGACCUGACGGCGAUCCAUAUGUUGCACAUUUCCUUGAGAUCCAGAUAUUUAUAUCAAGACUUUAUACUUCAUCUGCUGGCGACGUAUGAAGAAACACUUCGCCGAGUGACAGACUACGUCAAUGCCGGAGAGGCCAACGCUAUCAAACGGUGUCAGGAAGUCGGUUCAUCCCGGAAGCCACCCGGACGAUCGGAUAAUCAGUCGACAGGGCACCACCGAUCCCGAACUCGCCCGCAGGACUUCACGGCUUUGAACCGCUCGGCCGCGGAAACCCUGCAGUAUGCACAAUCAUGUAAUCUCAUUCGGUUACCACGUCCUGGACAGGAAGGGAAGGACAAGUCAAAGCAUUGCGCUUAUCACCGAUGCAGUGGGCAUGAUACUGAAGAGUGUACAACUUUGAGACAGUUGUUAGAAGACCUGCUUCAAGCCGGUAAGCUGGACAAGUGCGUGGGAAAAAGAGAAGAGAGCAAGAGACCAACCAGGAAAAGAGACCAUCGGCGUUCCGAUCGGUCUGAACGGUCGGACCAUGACCAGAGAGAUCCCGAUCCCAAGUCUGAGAGUCACCAAACGUCUAAGCCGACCAUCCACGUUAUAUUUGGGAGUUUGGAAGAUGCAUCUCAAGCCUGA